AUGGCCCAGAAUCCUUUUGCUGAAACCUACGCCACUCCUCCCUCCAUGACUUCGGUCGGCCAACCCAUCGUGGGAGGACAUUCGCAGAGUAUGUUUCCAUCCUCAACAAGCGGAGAAUCUCCUAAUCCUCUCAACGUUCCUUUCCCGAAUAGUGCCCUACGAAAUCAACAUUCCUCAGUCUCAACGGAUACAUUUACAGACUCCACACGACAGGCUCUAUUAGCGAGCAUGUCGCAACCCACUGGCUUCAAUCAUCGCAAGUAUUCCCAGCCCGCGAGUGGCCUCCUCAAUAGCCGUGAGUUGUUCGCCCGCUCGAAUGGUUUCAACAGCACCGGUCAAUUACCAAGCACUUCGGAUAUGCAGCGGUACAUUUCGGCCUACAUCACCUAUUUUCACCCUCAUUCGCCCUUUCUCCACAUUCCUACCCUCAAUUUCCAGGCCCCAGAGUACACCAACAACCUGCGAACACCUAGUGGUCAUCUCAAUCUCUGUUCCACCGGCGUUGCAGGUGGCGGGGGCUGUCUGAUCCUCUCGAUGGCAGCCAUCGGUGCACUCUACGAAUACGAAACUGCCGCAUCCAAAGAUCUGUUCGAAGCUGCGAAGAAGAUGAUCCAAUUAUAUCUCGAAGAACGACGCAAGGCCGACAUGUCUGCCGCGCUAAGUCGUUCAAGUUCUCAUCGAGAUAGUUCAGUGCAUAACACUCCACUCUGGUUGGUGCAAGCGAUGCUACUCAAUGUGAUCUACGGUCACACCUGUGGUGAUAAGACUUCCGCGGAUAUCGCCAGCACACAUUGCGCUGCACUGGUUAGUUUGGCACGAGCAGCGGAGUUAACUCACCACCUGGAUCCGAAGAACCUGCCGCAGGAUCACCUCAAUGCAAAUUUCAACACAGCCGACUCAGACUCUGCCGAUAACGAUAACUGGACAUCAUCAUCCUACAACCAACCGAAGGAGAGACGCGACUGGUUAAACUGGAAAGUGGUCGAAGAACGCAAACGCACCCUUUAUGCCAUCUUCGUUCUGUCCAGCUUCCUCGUCUCCGCAUACAACCACGCACCUGCUCUGACAAACUCCGAGAUAAGGCUUGAGCUCCCCUGUGAAGAGGAUCUCUGGGCUGCCGAGUCCCCACAGGCAUGGAAGAAAAUGGGAGGACAUACGUCCUCUAUGCAGAGCGUGUCCUUCUCUUCCGCCCUCACAUCUCUUCUAACCGCCAGUCAACGAGAGCAACAACAGCAAUCAUCGAAUCUUUUCUUCAACGAGGACCCCUCAAACCCAGAAAAUCGGCCUAGUACUUUUGGCUGUCUUGUUUUAAUUUACUCUUUGCACAAUUACAUAUGGGAAACCCGCCAACGACACAUGGGUCGACAAUGGACCGCACAAGAAACCGAAGCCAUGCAAUCGCACAUCGAGCCCGCUUUACGAGCUUGGCAAGCGGCGUGGGCAGGUAACCCUGUUCACAGCCUGGAGCGACCCAAUCCCUUCGGCGCGGGUCCAUUGUCAGCAGAUAGCAUUCCCUUGUUGGAUUUAGCCUAUGUCCGAUUGUUCGUUAAUCUGGGUCGAACGAAGGAAGCCUUCUGGCAGCGUGAUUGGAAUGGCAUGGCAGACGAGCUUGCGCGAGGUACGGAAGUAUUCCACCAGGUUGACACGGCCAUGAGCGACGCGGUUGAUUCAGCAUUGGGCUCACUCGGUAAUCGUCGUGAGUCGAUCAACGACCUUGGUGUUGGUGAUCUAGCCAUCUCACAAAUCCCGACGCAAGACCAAUCCAUGCAAUCCCUUUCCAACGUGUACAAGACCGGUCAAUCCAAACGGGAAAAGCACCUUCGAAAAGCAGCUUUUUACGCCGCCGAUUCCAUCUCCAUGUCCGACCGACUUGGUAAUACAUUUGCCGAAUUCUCAUCGCGAGAACUUCCCAUCCAGUGCGCCAUGUGCGUCUUUGACUGCUCACAAGUACUGGCGGAGUGGAUCACAACCGUUCAAGAGCGCGUGGGGCCAUACCUGGGUAUCCUGGGCCGCGAGGAUGUCGACCUCACCCAGGUGCCAGGAGUAAUGCUGCUUGAGGAUGAAGAUUGCAAGCUGGUGGAUAAAAUAACGGAGAUUCUCAAUAGCAUUGAAACGAAAAUGCGGCGCCAGGUGCAGAAUAGCAAUUCCAUGUCUGCGCUUAGUGUGAUGCAACGAUUGCCUAGUGUGGUGGAAGGUGGAUACGGGUGUAAAAUAUUGAUUGCGACAGCGAGCUUAUUGGAUCGAGCUGCUGUUUGGCCAGUGACCAAAUUAAUGGCCCGCUCCCUAGAAGCUCAGGCCAUGCGGAUGAAAGAACGAGCCGAACACUCCGUUAUGAUGAACACUUAA